GUAGUCUGAGUAUCGAGACUGCUCCACACACACAGCAUCGCUUACAUCAAGAGUUCCUCAAGUUGGCAGCCCGACGCACAUUUUUGAUGCUAAUCGUUAACUUUUAACCGAAUUUUAUCUGCUGCAAAAAAUGUGUUAAGUGAAAUAUCAAGUGCACAAUUAUAAAAUGCAAAUGCUAAGCAAGUGAAGUGAACUCAUCAAUUACAUACAAACAUAACUGAUGCCACAGAUGUUGCAUGCAGCAGGCAGCUAGGCAGUCUUUGCCGCUGCUCUUAGUCAACAAACAAGAGGCAAACGAUGAGGAACAUGCCAAACUUUGGAACGCGCAACAUGAGUCAACCAUUGGGCAUCAAAGUGUGUUGCUGCCGCGUCUUUACGUGCAUCAACUUUGGUUUUGUUUUCUCCCGCGGCGGACUGCUGAAGCUAAUGCAACUGGGUGUGGCGACGUUGAUCGAGGGAUUGCUAAUAGAAUUUGGUGUUCCAUAUGCAAACAACAUUGGACAGGCGUUGACCAGUUUUCUGGCCACUUCUGGACACUGUUUCACCACAACCGGCAUAUUGUUACUCUGCUAUUGUUUCUCGGAUAAAUCCUAUUCCCUCAUACGACAGUCGCUCUUUGAGACGCUCUUCAAUGCUCUGGCCUGUUUCAUGUACUUCAGCUCCGCCAGCUACAUGGGAUUCGCCUGCAUUGUCUGGCUGCAUCCGCAGUUUCUGAUACGUCCCGGCUUCUGGGCGUAUCCAGCCAUGACAGCCGCCUACUACAUGGGCUUUUUUGCAGGCUUUCUGCAUGCCAUCGACGCGUUUCUGGCCUUUAAACAUUUCAGGGGAGGUCGCUAGGUCGGAUUUAAGAAAUACAUAUAUAACGGAUUCAUUUAUUCUACAGU